AUGCUCGUAGCAGCUGAAGGAAGAUGGAAGACUGCGCGAGGAGCCGGAGCGCAGCACAUCCCGCACAUCCCGCAGCGGCCCGGGCCCGGAGCUGAUGCGCUCCUGCAGGUGUCUCAGGACCCAGUCACUGCUCGGGACACUCAGAGCAUCAUGGAGGAGAAGGAGGCACCCGCUUCUCAUGACACCCAAAGGACCCGCACACACAGACGCACAGAGGCUCCACAGGACAUGGAGGAGGAGCCCAGACCCCCUGCCCGAGUGGGGACCACCCGCUACCGUCGUCAGGGAGACACAGAGGCCCGGCUGAGGGCUCAGCAGCACAGACAGCAGAGGAGGCAGCAGAGAGAGGCCCAGCAAGAGCAGAGGAGCCAGGAAGACGAGCGAGAACGCGAUGACUCGGCCCUAGCGCGCUCUGCUAGCACCGAGAGCGGCUUCCACACACACACAGACCGAGCCGAGGGCGACGACAGCCUGAUACAGAGCACAGAGCCUGAAGACGAGACCCCCAGAGCCUCUGCGUCUGCCCUGCCCGAAGACCCCACUGCAGUGUACUCCAAGGUUCUGGGCUGUUCUGACUCUGAGGAGCUGAGGGACGAGACAUACUGCGAGCCUUAUGACCUCUACCCCUCGUCUGAGCACGUUUACGAGGAGAUUUGCGAGGCUGCGGGUUUUUCCAAUGACCUUCCCCCGACACGAUCCAACUUCAGGCUUUUGGAGACCCAGUCCGACAGCGGGGACUACCAGCACGGCGUGGGCUCCCGACUGCACCACUACGAUGAGCGAUCGGACGGUGAAUCAGACAGUCCCGAGAAGGAGGCGGAGUUUGCCCCUUACCCCCGAGCGGACAGCGGCGACCUGGAGGAGGAGGGAGAUAGCAUAACUGUAGAACUCCGCAUCAGUCUGAGCUCGCAAAGUUUAAAUUGUGCCAAAGAACUGCCCAGCAACGAGGAGAAUGUCGAGAGCACAGAAAUACCCCCAGACCAGGGUCCAGUCCCGGCUGAAGUCCACAGUGUGACCCCAGUGAUGCGUAGUUUACAAGAGAGAAAAGACGCUAUAUCUCUGGCUAUAAAAGACAUAAGGGAGGCUAUAGAGGAGGUGAAGACGCGCACAGUGAGGUCGCCGUACACUCCAGACGAGCCCAAAGAGCCGGUCUGGGUCAUGAGGCAAGAUCUGAGUCCCACUGCAGACUGUGAACUGCAGCAACCACCAGAGGGCGAUUCUCCUCGUUCUGGUUCCCCCUCGCCCUCUGGAGCUGAGGGCUCCAGCAGUCAGCUCCUGCCCGACGACAACCUGCAGACGCCCUCACCCAGAGAGGCUGGCCGGAGCAGGGUGUCCUUCCCCACGUACGUCGAGGUCCCAGGCCCUUGUGACCCUGAGGACCUGAUCGAUGGCAUCAUUUUUGCUGCAAACUACCUGGGCUCCACUCAGCUGCUGUCAGACAAAACCCCAUCCAAGAACGUGAGGAUGAUGCAGGCGCAGGAGGCCGUCAGCCGGAUCAAGGCCGCCCAGAAACAAGCGCAGAACAAGAAGAAGACUCCUGAAGAAGAGGCUCACAUGACGGAGGUCGACCUGUUCAUCUCCACUCAGAGAAUCAAAGUUCUUAACGCUGACUCACAGGACACCAUGAUGGACCACCCCCUGAGGACCAUCUCGUACAUCGCUGACAUUGGGAACAUAGUGGUCCUGAUGGCUCGUCGGAGGAUGCCUCAGUCUGAAUCCGAGGAGAACGCUGAGGAGGACAGCAAACGCCAGUACAAGAUGAUCUGCCAUGUUUUUGAAUCAGAAGAUGCCCAGCUCAUCGCCCAGUCCAUUGGCCAGGCCUUCAGUGUGGCCUAUCAGGAGUUCUUAAGAGCCAACGGCAUCAACCCUGAGGAUCUGAGCCAGAAAGAAUACAGUGACCUGCUCAACACUCAAGACAUGUACAACGAUGACCUUGUCCACUUCUCCAAGUCUGAGAACUGCAAAGAUGUGAUAGUUGAGAAAGCCAAAGGGGAGAUUCUUGGUGUGGUGAUAGUCGAGAGUGGUUGGGGGUCCAUCCUGCCCACCGUCAUAGUGGCGAACAUGAUGCACGCGGGACCCGCUGAGAGGUCAGGACGCCUCAACAUUGGAGACCAGAUCAUGUCCAUCAAUGGGACCAGUCUGGUGGGUCUGCCCCUGUCCACCUGCCAGAGCAUCAUCAAGGGCCUGAAGAACCAGUCACGGGUGAAGCUGAACAUCGUGCGCUGUCCUCCUGUCACCACCGUCCUGAUCCGACGCCCAGACCUGCGCUACCAGCUGGGCUUCAGUGUGCAGAACGGCAUUAUCUGCAGUCUUAUGCGAGGAGGCAUCGCUGAGCGGGGAGGGGUGCGAGUCGGUCAUCGCAUCAUUGAGAUCAACAGUCAAAGUGUGGUGGCUACUACGCAUGAGAAAAUAGUGCACGUCCUUUCAAACGCUGUCGGGGAGAUCCACAUGAAGACCAUGCCUGCAGCCAUGUACCGGCUCCUCACAGCUCAGGAGCAACCCAUUUACAUCUGAGCGCUGGUCCUGUCUGCAGAGUCUCAAACUUCAUUCACCCGGACCCCUCUAGGGACUGUGUGUGUGGACCUGCCCCAAUCUGCCCCAAAACACUGCAGACCUCUCCCACCCCAGGCCUGUGCAAUCUAACACAGAGGCCUAACAAAACACACCCUCACCCGACUUCACUUGUAGCAACUCACCCUCCAAUACAGAAGAGUGUAGCGUAAUUCAAACAAGACUUUGAGUUUGACCAAAGCGUGGACCGUCUGAGCAUAUCUGCGUGGUUUCGAUGUAAAGGGUAGGGUAGAGGAGGUUUGGCCAUCUUUGAGUUUGUGUUAGUCCCAAAAGUUAUUUAGUUAAAGGCACUGUACCUGAUUUUUAGUAUUUCAAAAAUGUGAAAACUGGAGUAGUUCAUUUUAAAAGAUUUGCAGCGGUCCAAAGUUAUUCCUUAAGCAUUCCGAGCAUCCUAAUUAUUCACUUUGAUGAGUUUAUAAGCACUUUUCAGAGUAAUUAAAGUUUUUUUUUCACUUUGUUAAUAUUUGAAGUAAUAUAAAAUACUAUCUCUACCUUGUCACCAUGUUGUUGUCACAGUCCAAACUCACUACAUAUAACUGAUAAGAAUCAAGUACGCAGCCCAAUAGAAAGUUUUUGUAUUGUUGUUUUUUGUUUAAGUGUCCUAGCGUGAAAUUGGGGUGAAGAGUGGGAGAGACAUUCAGCGCAUUUAUAUAACAGUGCAAGUAGAAACUAUAUAAAAGGGAAUUGGAGAAGAGGGGACUGAACAUGUCACACUCAUCUCUUGUGAUCAGAAACAGCAUGGUUUAGUUUUAGAUUAGAUUUAGAUUUAAAUAUGAACUUUAAGUAUUUAGAGCUGCAACUAUGACUUAGUUUUGGCAUUAUUCAAUCAAAAUGUCAAAAUAGAAUAAAACUAGGGAUCUAAUACUUAUCAUGAUAUUGGUGCUGAUACUAAAAGAAUUACUGGAUUAGAAAUCGGCUUCCAAAUAUCAAUGUAACAAGACUUUUUACUGGUCAUAGUUGGACCAGAAAGUCUCAUAAUGUUUGCAUUUUUAUUUAUUUUAUUUAUUUAGCUGUUACUUUUCAGCUCUAUAACACAUUUAGAUCAGUUUGGUCUUAUUUAUUUGUGUUUAAAGGAAAUAAAUGCUGUUUUUUGCCACAUUUAAACUUUUAUUUGGUUAAAAAAGUGUGGCUGGUUCAGUAAUCAAAGAACAUAUAGCAAUCUAGCUGAAUAGUUUGCCUUUAUUUCAUAUUUUUGUUUGAUAAAGAAUAUAGAAUAAGACACUUUAUACAAUAGAAUGCGAAAGAUGGUCACCAAAACCUCCCAGGCGGCUUAAAAACAUGGUAACCUCCAUAUAAAACGCAUAAGGAUUUAAUAAAACUCAUAUGGGCACAUGGGGACGUUAAUACAAACAGAGAAUUACACACAUUACACAUCAGGUUUAACAGGAAAUACUGUUAUUUUAAAUUGCUUUUAAACUGACAGUGAGAAAGCUCUAUACAGGAGGAGGGCUGUCCCAUAUUUUAAAUCCUCUCUUGUACCGUUUACUACUGAAAUAAUCAUUAGUUGCAGUCGUGUUGUAUUUGAGAAAGACAUUUUUUUGAAUACCCGUAGGACAGAUAGUACUCUAAAAGGAGGAGUGUGAGUAUGGACUAAGUAAACAAUGAUAAGCCCUUAUACUAAAAUGAAUUCAACUAUUUAUAUAUUGUAAAUAGAAGAUUUUGAAGUCUUACUGACAUUGGCGCACAACAUGGUGACAUGGUGGACCUCUACUCCUCUCUGAGCCUAGAUCCAGGAGUCUGUCUGUUUUGUCCUUUGGGCCGGUGGUGUGAUCCCGUCUAAAGCCCACAGAGGGCGCUGCUGCUGCUGUACUUCUGUGUGUACAUGUGUUUUUGUGUUUGAACGUGCUGCACCUAUAUUCACACGCACUAGGAACACUGUGUAGUAUAGAAAUGUAAAACUAUAUUCUUCUACUGUCCAGAGCUGCAUCCACCUGCCUGUGAACUCUGAGUCCUGUAACCGGUAUCUUUGGCUGCUAUAGUAGAGAAUACUUGACAUUUAAACACUAAAUAUAAUGCUGCCUGUCCUGACAAUUACGCAAUGUGAACAGGGUCUGAAUGUAAAAGACGCUGGGAUCACGGGAGGAUCAGUGCCCUGUCCAAGCCUAAAGCAACGAGAGGAGAGCCUUCUGAAUGUAAACUUAUGUUGAUGUGAAAACCAAACCCACGUUUGCAGUAUUUACCACAAUAAAUGUUUUGCAGACACAU